UGAGAAUCAUCGUAAAGGAUUCAUGAUACAAGUGAAACAAAUACCCAACUCUUGUUCCGACCGAGAAAUUUCACCACCAACAAGAGGGCGCUAUUGUGAUCAGCACAUUGCGAAGUUUACAGAUAGAAUACGAACACCAGGUUUCCCUGGUGGUUACGGGCCGAACGAAAAAUGUGUAUACACUAUCCACCGUACUGAUCCACGCAUCUGUCAGGUGGAGAUGGAGUUUCUGGAGUUCGAUUUGGAAGGAGGUUGGAGUCGCUGUGACAAAGACUUCUUGGAGCUCCCAGACGGAUCUCGACUUUGUGAUGCAACACAUGGCCAAAAACGGAGGUUGGAUUUUCCACGUGAUGGCAACAUACUGAUGCUGAAGUUCAUUAGUGAUAGCUAUGGAUCAAGACGCGGUUUCGACAUCGCCGUUCGCCAGGUGCUAGAUUCAUGCAGAGUGCCAGUUCUACCGCCAUCUGGAGGGCGCUGCGAACAAGAGGUGAUAACAACGAGUGGACAAAUAACUUCUCCCGGGUUUCCAAACAAUUAUGGUCCUAAUGAAAAUUGCAUUUUCACUAUUCGUCGGGCUGAUUCUACGGUGUGCUCCAUUGUCUUAGAUAUCCAACACUUUGAUCUGGAAAACGACAAAGGGGGCUGCAGUAACGAUUACUUGGAAUUUCCGGAUUUGACACGUUUGUGUGGUCGUUACAGCGGCAGAAAGACUGUCAACAUCCCGCGAGGAUUAGAUUCUGUGACCCUUCUGUUUGUUAGCGACGGAUACGUAUUCGGUAGAGGUUUUAAGAUCUACGUUAACCAAAUACUUGGAUCGUGUGGUGAUCUUCCAUCUGUAGGAGACUGUAACCAGGAGAUUACAUCGUUUAAGGGAACCUUUACUUCACCUUCUUACCCAUACGAUUACAGCGCCAACCAGAAGUGUACUUACACAAUACAUAAAGGGGAUCCAUCCGUUUGUGUCGUGGAAAUUGACUUUCUCCAAUUUGACAUCGAGAAUUCCAGGGACAAUUGCUCACGUGAUUUUUUAGAACUUCCAGAGGGAAAUCGUCUCUGUGGACCGAUCUCUGGAACAAGGUUAGUGGAAUUUCCGGUUGGAAGACAUUCAAUUACCAUGACAUUCUAUAGUGACAACUACGGAACUGGUCGAGGUUUCGAACUUUCAGUGAGUCAACGAAGAAAUUCUUGUGGUUCCGUGCCAAGUCGUUGUGGCCAGGAAAUUACGGGUGUUUCUGGAAGAUUUUCAUCUCCAUCUUUUCCUCAACGUUACGGUCCAGGUCUCCAAUGCCGUUAUACAAUCCGAAGACCCGAUCCGCUGACAUGUAAAGUAAAACUCACUCUCAGAGAUGUAGAUAUAGAAUACAGCGCCACCUGUAACAAUGAUUAUCUCGAACUUCCGGAUAAAGAACGAAUCUGUGGGACACAAGUACCGAGGUUAAAAACUUAUGAAUACAACUUAGCAUCUGGCGCUGUGAUGGUUUUGUAUUUUGUUACUGACAACUACGGUUCUGGUAAAGGGUUUGACCUCGAGAUUUACCAAGUUCCUAAUUCUUGUUCAGUCUCCCCUUCUUUCGUUCAAUGUAACCAGUUAAUCACGGAAGAAAAAGACGUUAUCCGGUCACCCAAUUAUCCUAAGGACUAUUUACCUAGCGUCAGGUGUGAGUAUGAGAUCAAGAGAUUUACUGCGUCCACGUGUCACGUUCAGUUAGAGUUUUUGGACUUCGAUGUGGAAACGGAACAGAAUUGUAAGGCUGAUUUUCUGGAGAUUCAGUCAUCAAAGGAACGACUGUGUGGUCAUCAUCAGCAGCCAACUAGAGUUAUUCCAUUUCCCACGGGUUCGGAAAGCUUAAGCUUCGUGUUCAGCUCCGACAGGUAUACCAACAGAAGAGGCUUUAACAUCCAAGUAACUCAGCUCAAAGGGUCUUGCUACAACCCUAUUGUGAAUACGAUAACAUGUGCUACGUUACGAGACGUUAGCGGUGUGAUGCAGAGCAACAACUACCCUGGGCCUUACAAUCCAAACACAAACUGCUAUUACAAAAUAUUUCGACACAGCAACGCCGUCUGUCGGUUGGAGGUAUAUUUCUCGAGAUUUGACGUAGGUCAUGUGAAAGACAGAGGCUGUGAUGAAGAUUAUCUAGAAAUUCAUGGAUUGAGAUAUUGUGGACUACUGGAUGGACAAACAGUUCAAGUUCCUUUUCCGGAAACGAAAAGCGAGGUAGAUUUUCAUUUCAGAACGGACGAAUCUGAUCAGAGGACAGGUUUCCGGAUAGAAGUGAAACAGGUGACCCAAGGAUGUGAAGAAGAUAUUUCUUCGAAUGGUUGCGACGCUACUUUUUCGAAAGAAACGUUCCAUAUUCUCAGUCCAGAGUACAGGAACAAAGCCUACCCUUCCAAUAUAGAUUGUCAAUAUACAGUGAAGAAAGUCAAAUUUGAUGUGUGCGCUAUCGAAAUUAAGUAUAAUAACUUUCAUUUGGAGGAUUCGGAAGAUUGUACGAACGAUUACUUACAGAUUGAUGAUUUGAAAGUUUGUGGAAAGAUACCCCAUAAUUCAGUUCGUACUUACCAGUUUCCGGCGGACGAGUUAAUUAUACGCCUGCACACAGACACGUACGUAAAUGAAAAAGGAUUUUUUUUAACAGCAAAACAAAUAUCCUGUUGAGUACUGUAUCUAUGAAUGCUUUUGUCAUUAUCUGCUUCACAUAUUUCUAAAAUGAAACCACGCUAUUAUUAAUGUGCAUAUUUAACAAUUGAACUUGAUUCAAUAUAUGAAAAUCACACUAUUAUUAAUUUGUAUAUUUAAAAAUAGAACUUGAUUCACUAUGUCAAAACCACACUAUUAUUAAUGUGAAUAUUUAAAAUAGAACUUGAUUCACUAUGUCAAAACCACACUAUUAUUAAUGUGAAUAUUUAACAAUAGAACUUGAUUCAAUAGAUGAAAAACCAGAUGUUAAAAUUGAACAAUACAUCAUUUAAAGUUUGAUCAAAUGUAAACUGCUUUAUA